CAUUCACAGCUCAUUCAUGAGAGGUUACUCUGUGGUGUGGUGUUUGUCACACAGCACUUCCACACAGAAAGACUAGCUUCAUGGACACCAGAGCUAUUUUAAAAGCCUCUUGUUUCCUUAUCCUAACGGUCAUCAGCAUCCCAUCUAAUCUGUUCAUCUGCUGUGCCUUCCUUCACACCCGGCUGAUUGAAGCUAAGCUCACUCCUGCUGAUGUCAUUUUAUGCCACCUUGCCCUUGUCAACUUGGCCUCAACCUUUACCCGCAGUUUUUCUCAGAUGCUGACGGCAUUUGGAUAUUGGAGUAUAUAUGAUGAUUUUGGCUGCAAAAUGGUGCUCUUCUUCUUUCGUAUGUCAAAAACUCUCUCCAUAAAGCUCACUUGCCUCCUGAGCACCUAUCAAGCUGUGCUCAUCGCCCCUGCCACAUCCAUACUGGACAGCCUUAAACUCAAAAUCCCAAAGUAUCUUCAGCACAUCAUUUUCAGCCUCUAUGUAUUUUCCUUUGUGUUUAGUGUCCAUCUAAUCCUGUACUCCUCCUCAACUCUUAUCAACAACACCAUACCCCUCUACACGUUUAAUUAUGAGUACUGCUAUGUUACAUAUCCCAAUUACACCUUUUUCAUUUCCAUAGGUCUGUCCCUCUUUUUCAGGGAUUUUGCCUUCAUAUUGUUGAUGGCUGUCAUGAGUUGCUACAUCUUGGUGCUGCUCUACCAGCACGGAACAAAAGUGAAGAGUCUCCGAAGUUCAGACCACGGAAGCUCAGGAUCCAGGCCAGAGGCCAAGGCCUCCCACGCGGUGGUCACUUUGGUUGUCCUUUACACUCUUUUCUUUGGGGUGGACAAUGUCAUCUGGCUCUAUUCCCUGACCACCGUUAGAGUGGCACCCCUUAUUUCUGACGUCCGAAUUUUCUUUUCUGUUCUCUAUGUAUCUGUGUGUCCUGUUGUGGUCAUUGCAACCAACCCCAAAGUGAGGGGAAAGCUGAAUGUAAGCAAGCUUAAGAGACUGCCAUCCUCCACAGAUACCAGCUCUUCAACAGUAUAGCUGAAAUCCGUGACCAUCUUGUACUAAAUGAAGAUAGGAGAUAUAAAGUCCAGUGCUGCAGAGGGACCCUCAUUGCAGAAGACCACCACUUUAAAGAGGCAUGCUGAGAUGUGAAUGAGCUCACAGAUUAACUUGAGACAUUUUGGGAAAAUCAAAAUGUUCAUCAAGGAACAAUACAUUUUGUAGAACAUGUGAGCCUUUCCACCAGGGAAUUUUAAAAUGAGAUAUUCUUAUAACAAGAAUUGACAAAAAUAUAAUAAUUAUAAAAGGGGGUUAGGGGUGUAUAUUUUAAUU